AUGAAAUAUCGUAAUUUCUAUAUUGAUGAACCGCCUAAUUUUGCAGAAUUAGCAGAAAAUUAUCCAUCUUUAAAGCCUUUUGUUGACAAUCAAUCUCGUAUUAAUUUCAAAGAUCCAGCGGCGUUAAGAGAAGUCACAAAAUGUUUAUUAAAGAAAGAUUUUAAAAUUGACAUUUUUUUGCAUGAAGAACGUUUAUGUCCUCCUAUUCCUAACAGAUUUGCAUAUAUUUUGUGGAUCCAAGAGUUAAUCGAUUUUGUUAGUUACAAUCAAGAAGAACAAAAAGUUCUUGCAUUCGAUAUAGGCACAGGUUCUACAUGUAUAUACCCUCUAUUAGGAUGUUCUCAAAGACCAAACUGGUUUUUUUAUGCAACAGAUAUUGAUAAAUUCUCAUUAGAAUUAGCACAAAAGAAUGUUACAAGAAACGGUUUAGAUAAUCGAAUAAAAAUAAUUGAUUCAACAAAAUAUUUAACUUUAAUACCACUAGACGAAUUAAAUAUAUCAAAUAUAAAGUUUUGUAUGUGUAAUCCUCCAUUUUAUACCUCAAAAGAAGAAAUGAUAGCAUCUUCUCAGCAAAAAUCAAAAAAACCAUUCAGCUCAUGUACUGGUUCAUUGACAGAAAUGGUUACUCCUGGAGGAGAAGUUGGCUUUGUUAAAAAAAUAAUUAAAGAAAGUUAUUUCCUCAAAGAACGUGUAAAUUGGUAUACCAGUAUGUUAGGAAAACUUUCAAGUGUUAUAAAAAUUAUAGAAUUGUUUAGAGAAAUGCAGAUAGAUAACUAUGUUUUGAGUGAACUACCUGUUGGAGGUAAUACACGUCGUUGGGUUGUAGGAUGGUCAUUUAUGGAUAUAAGAGCACCUAAUCAUUAUGUUCGUCCAUUAGCAAAGUCACUGAUACAUUUAAGUUCUUCAUUAACAAUGGUAGAUAUUAAACUAGACAUUAGAACUGAGAUUUUAAAACAAAAAAUUACAUAUAUUAUGAAUAAAUUUAACAUUAAUUUUGUAUGGGACAAUGAAUAUAUUGGAAACGGAGAGACACCCGGAAAUAUAUGGUCAAGAUCAGCUAGAAGACAAAAUUCUAAAAUAACCACUGAAAACUCAUAUAUAAAUUUUAAGUUCCGUUUGGAAAUAAUGUCAAAAAAUAACACAAAGAAUGCAGUAUCUUUAAAAAUUAUAUGGAUCAAAGGAAUUGAUAAAAUAAUUUUUGAAAGUUUUUAUAGCAUGCUUAGACGCGAAUUAAAAACACUAAAUACUAGUCAUAAUCUAUUUACACAAACUUAA